CACACACACACACACACACAGAUCCUCUUCUGAGAUCGAUCAGCCUCAGUGUGUCUAAUCUCUAAUCAGUUUUACAGCGGUCCUGAUCGAUCCCUCAGGCUGUGUUGGAGCCUGGGAGUCGGUGUCGGUCCGGUUCUAUCUGGUUUGUUCUGGUUCCGGUAGCUUGUUCCGUAACUUUUCUGCCUCGGUGUAAAGCUUCAGUCUCGGGUUAACUGUUAGCAUCUUUCGGCUGGAGCUCAUCAAUCUGCCGUGACCUCCUUUUCACGGAUCUUUCCUGUGUUUCACACCGAAACCUGCCUCUGCUCACCGGACCCAACACUCUGCUCUGCCCCGAGGCUACUUAACGUUAGCCGGUUCGGUUCUGACAGCAGGGCAGCUAAGCUAACUAGCUAACUGUUAGCCUGACUUAGCACCUAGCGGUUAGUCCGGGUUGCCUCCGUCUUCCUCAUGCCGGCGAUGCUGGAGAGAAACCCGGAGGGUCCGGGAAAGAGAAGAGGCAGAGCCCCGGCGGGCAGCGGCAGCAGCGGCCCCGGGGCAGCAGCGAACCCCGGCGGGAAGAGCCUGUCCGGUAAUGGAACCAGCACUAACAGCUGCUGGGAAGAAGGAAGCUCAGGCUCCAGCAGCGACGAGGAGCAUGGUGGAGGAGGGAUGCGGGUCGGAGCACAGUACCAGGCCGUGGUUCCGGACUUUGACUCGGAGGUGGCCAAGGCAGCUCAGCUCAGAGAUAACCUCGGCAUGUUGGUGUGGAUCCCCAGCAACUGUCUGAACCAGACUCAGUUGGACGAGUACAUCGCCAUCGCCAAAGAGAAACAUGGCUACAGCAUGGAGCAGGCUCUGGGGAUGCUCUUCUGGCACAAACACAACAUUGAGAAAUCUCUGGCCGACCUGCCGAACUUCACUCCAUUUCCUGAUGAGUGGACAGUGGAGGACAGAGUCCUGUUUGAACAAGCCUUCAGCUUCCAUGGGAAGAGCUUCCACCGAAUCCAGCAGAUGUUACCUGAUAAAUCCAUGGCCAGUCUGGUUCGCUUUUAUUACUCCUGGAAGAAAAGUCGCAGUAAAACGAGUCUGAUGGACCGACAGACACGGAAAAACAAGAGAGAAAGAGACGACAGUGACGAUGAAGUUGAGGACGGAAACCCCAAUCCUCCCAGUGAGUCUGAACCUGACCCAAAUAAAGACGACAAGAAGGAGGUGAGUUCUGGAUCAGAGAGGCCAGAGGUCAAACCAGCUCCAGGACUGAAGACAGGCAGUAAGGCGUCUCAGCGGCUGAAGAAACGUCCUCCUAAAGGAAUGUUUCUGAAUCAACAGGACGUUGUUUCGCUCUCGUCUUCAUCUGCUCAGGGACUCAUCAGACAAUUGGACUGUCAACUGGUCUCCAUCAAGAGACAGAUUCAGACCAUCAAACAGUCAAACAGCUCUCUGAAGGAGAAAAUCAGCUCAGGAGUCGAAGAGUACAGACAGCCUGAGGUGACUCAGAAGUUUAACACUCGUUGGACCACAGAGGAGCAGCUGCUCGCUGUACAAGCCAUCAGGAAAUAUGGGCGGGACUUCCAGGCGAUCUCAGAUGUGAUUGGUAACAAGUCUGUGGUUCAGGUGAAGAACUUCCUGGUGAACUACAGACGGAGGUUCAACCUGGACGAGGUUCUUCAGGAGUGGGAGGCUGAACAUGGGAUGGAGGCGGGAGACAGGGGAGGAGGCGAGGAGGACAAGAUGGAGGAGUGUCCUGCUGAGGAGGAGGAGGUCACUGCCAAGGAGACAAAGGAGACAAAGGAGGACUCGUCCUCUCUCAUGGACACCGAGAAGCCUCUGGCCUCCUGAGACUCUCUGACUCCGCCUCUCUGGUUUAUGAUGUCAUCAAGAUUUUGAUUUUAUUUUAUUUUAUUUUUCUUGUGUUGGACUUUCACUGGUCAGGUUUGAGCUUUGUGCCAUGAACCUGUAAUCGCUGAUCUCUCUGGACCAAUCAGAAAUCAGGCCUGACCUGUCAAUCAAAGUGGGCGGGGCCUGUUAUUUGUCCUUUUUCCCCUCAGAUUUCUAUUUUAACAAUGUUUUAUGUUUUCAAUCUUUUUUUCUUUCUUUAUUUUCUCUCUUUGUGUUCGUUGGGGUGGGUUUGGGGUUGAACUGAAGCAGCCAUGUUUGACGAUGUCACUCAGGUAGGGGGCGUGGCUUUUAUGACCUUUUGGGGAGUGACAAUAAAACCAAAGUUCAUCAAUAAAUGAAUAUGUUUCUUCUCUAUCUCUCCUUUUU